AUGGAUGAGACGGAAUUGGAUCGCGAUAUCGUGAUACAGCGAUAUUCUGCUGAUCUCAUUACCGAUUUCGACCGCUCUUUGGAACCGUUCCUGAGGAAGCCAAACGGCGAGCUAAGAACACGAGUCCGCGAAAGGGAAACCUCGAGACUUGUAUCCCAAGUCUUGGAACCCUUUCAGGAGCUUCCUCAGUUGCUGGACCCGCAUCUGCCCAAAUACAUCCCUCUCCUGGCAGAGGCAUAUCUAGGCCAAGUUGCCAACCAUCGCAGGACAAAAUCCUUGUCUCUGCGGUCCCAGCUGCUGACACCACUCUCCAAUGCAAUCUGCCGCAUCAUCUAUUCUUUUUGCAAGAUCAGGGGUGAGAAAGUCAUUGUCAGGUUCUUGAACGUAGAGACCAAGUAUCUCGAGCCGCUCCUAUAUGCCAUUGAAGACUCGAGCCGUCAAAGCGACGCAGCAAAGGGCAAUGGUGAGACGGUAGGUCUUUGGACUUGGCACGAGAGAUAUGUCAUACUCUUGUGGCUCUCGCAGCUCUUCUUUGCGCCCUUUGAUCUCUCCACCAUUUCCUCUGGGGACACUGAUGAUGCGGACCGCCCAGCGGUGCCGGGGUUUUCAUGGCCAGCACAUGUGCCGGGAAUAACCCUUCGAGUGAUCCCAUUGGCCAUUAGGUAUCUUGCUUCACCGGGCAAGGAGAGAGAUGGUACCAAAGCAUUACUCGUGCGACUUGCAAUGCGCAGAGACAUGCAAGAAAUUGGCAUACUCAGGUCAUUGGUCCAUUGGGCCCUCUUCACUCUACGUUCAGGCGAGGAGACUGCAGAAUCUCCAUACUACUACAUUGGUAGUCUAUCUCUGCUGGCUGGUAUCCUGCGAUCGUCGGCAGAUACAUCCAUCAUGGAUCCAUACCUGGACUCGGUCUUUUAUGCAGUUCAAGCCGUCUCCUCGGGGGACGAUAAUGUAUCCAAGAUGAUAAAUGGCUCGGCCUUGGCUCGCAAGAUGAUAAUCAAGGUUGUCAAGUCAGUCAUAGGGUUGGUCCUGCGAAAACCGCAACAGACAAUGGAGGAUACCGAGAUGGUGGAGACGGCCAUUGGCUACCUCCUGGAGAGUUUGGCAGAUAAUGAUACUCCUGUCAGAUUUGCCGCCAGUAAAGCUCUCAGCGUAAUCACGCUCAAGUUGGAGUCGGACAUGGCAUUGCAAGUAGUCGAAGCCGUCUUGGAGUCACUAAACCGCAACGUGCUCUGGGUCAAGUCAACAAUACCCGGAUCGACAGGCCGAACCCGGGACCUGACGGCCGUGGAUCCCUUGGAGUGGCACGGCUUGAUGCUGACGCUUUCUCAUCUGUUAUAUCGUCGAUCUCCACCUCCAGAGAUCCUUCCAGAUAUCAUCCACGCCUUGGUCAUGGGCCUCUCCUUUGAAAAACGAGGAACAGCCGGAGGUUCAACUGGCACAAACGUCAGAGAUGCUGCUUGCUUUGGCAUAUGGGCCCUCGGCCGACGCUACACAACCCAGGAACUCUUGAAAGUACCGAUGCGAACCUUUAGUCUCCCUGAACCAAAAGACCAAUUCCAAUCAGUCAUUCAGGUCCUGGCUAUUGAGUUGGUGGUUGCCGCUUCGCUAGAUCCAGCUGGCAACAUCCGCAGGGGGUCGUCCGCUGCACUGCAGGAGUUGAUUGGCAGACAUCCGGACACGGUCGAAGAGGGCAUCUCUGUAGUUCAGGCGGUAGACUAUCAUUCCGUUGCCUUGCGGUCAAGAGCUAUUCAUGAUGUCGCCCUUCGCGCAACCCGUCUGUCUACAAAGUAUGGACAUGGGAUCCGCCAAGCACUUCUGGGUUGGCGUGGCAUUGGCGAUGCGGAUGCAGCUGCCCGCAGGGUGGCCGCCACGUCUUUUGGAAGCUUGACGGCCGAGACUGGACAGAAGGCCUCCGAUCCAGUAGUCCACUUCAAUGAUGCUGCCGAGUUGGUGUUGGACCGUAUCAGUGCUCUUCAGACUCGUCAGGUGGAAGAGCGACAUGGUCUUUUGCUCAGCCUGGCAGCGCUGUACGAUACAAUCCCAACACUUUUGCCUAGAGAUUCAUGGCAGGACGCCCUACGACAAGUUCGGACAUCCAAGUAUCUGGAUGCUCUGACGGCUACAUUGCAAGACUACAACACUACGACAUAUCGCAAGCCUGAGCUUGUAGCAGAGGCUGUUGCCCGACUCGUGGUUUCUUCAUACCCGCUUUUGCUGGCUGCCCUCGUCAGUCAGGAGUCUGCACAGGAGUCUGCGAGCGCCACCGACCUUGAUCAUAAUCUGGUGCAGACCGGACCCUUCAUCACUAAUGAGCAUCACUUGCGUUCUGGUAUUUUGGCCAUAAAGUCAAAGAUGGAGGGUGAGGUACAGGCAGACAGCCACCAGCUCAAAGGUGUCUUCUCCGUCUUACAUGAUGCUCUGCUCUCAUGGCUUGAUCAAAGUGAGACUGAGGUUGUUGAUGCAGUAGCUCCUGCUUCUUCAAUGCUUUUACUAUUCUCAAAGACUGAGGAACAGAUCCAGUUCUUGCUCAAAAUGGUGGAAGUGAUCAGUGACCCCAAGAGUUCUCGCAAAAAGCAUGGAUAUGGUUAUUUCUUUGCUUUAGCGCAAGCCUAUCACGUUGCUGCUACCUUGCCGGAUGAUAAGAAAACGCUUUUGCGUAUCAUAGAUGCCUUCAAAUCUCGUUGGUCGUCUGAAAGAGAGAUUGAGAGUCGUGUAGCUAUGCUUCAAAGCCUUGCGGGCAAGGACAUUCUGCGUUACGAGACAUUGGGAUUUGUUCCCAUGAUUUCGGAAGGGCUUGAUGAUUAUACGACCAAUGCGAGAGGCGAUAUUGGUUCACACGUGCGCCUGGAGGCUCUCAAGGCUACUCGUACGAUUUGGAAGUCAUGCACAGAGAGCGUCCAAGGAGAAAUCAGCAGCGAGGCGUUGAGCCUUUUCCCCAAAGUUCUCAGAUUGGCUGCGGAGAAGUUGGAUCGAGUUCGCAUCGAGGCACAGGCUACAUUGGGCCUCUUGCUAGCAACAAGCCAUACGGAUAUCCUCAGGCAGGUUUCAUUUUCGUCUCGAGAAUAUUUUAUUCGGCUGUUCUCUCUAUGCAAGCCACAUCAGUUCAAAGAGCCAGUAGCUAACGCCUGGACACUGAGCGAGUCCGAGUGCAUCUCGAGCCUACUGGCUGGUCUGGUCACGUCAGCAGACACGGGCAACGAGGAUCUGGUGAUCGCCAGCCGUGCUGCCGUGGCGGGGAUCAGUAGGAUCUCAGACGACGAUCUCUCGAGGAUCUGCAUGGCUCUAUUCCACAACCUUAAGCUCUACCAAGGCCAAGAUCGGGUCAUUGUGCCCACGCUGGAGCUCGUGGCGUAUCUCUUCCAGAUCGGCGCGGCCCAAGGCUGCCAUGAUCUCAACAUGCGUCAGCUCUGCCUCUUGACGCAAAAGGCGGGUUACAAGACGGGCAAUGUGCGCAAGCUGGAAGCAUGCAUCAAGGUCUACGGCGGCAUCGCGUCGUUGUCGUUGUCUCCUGCCAGUAUUACUACUACUACUACUGUCAUGACAAGGACGACAGGAGCAGAAACAACAGAUGAACAUGAUACUGGUGAUAUGACGUCUGAACUAGGGCUGAAGAGGAAGGAGGGCAUCGCAGAGUCGAAACGGAGGUUGGGUGCCUUGUUGGUGCACCCCUGGCCAAGGGUCAGGAACCUGGUCAUUGAUGAACUGUGGGGCCUACUGAGCAUGUCGACACCGUCCUCCUUGUCGUCGUCUCCAGUAUUACCAUCAUCAUUGCUAAACUUGGACGGCGACGGCAGCGGGAGCAGCAGUAAUGACCUAUUGUCAGAUGCUACUGCUGCUGCUACUACUGCUCAACAUGUGCAAGCCCAGCUGCUGCAGGAUAAAAUGUUGAGUGUCGACUGGGGCAAGGCUGACAAGACUACCAUUAAAACAUUGGUGGGGAGUCUCGGGCUGGAUUAA